UGAACUUGAACGGUUAACCCUCCACCUGAACCCCCAUACACUUCCGAUACAAGACAGACAAACGGACGCAACUGAACCGAGGAAGAUCAUGCUCCCUCGUUCCGUAGCAUGAACCCGCGCCACAAAACCCUCCCCAAAUCCUUCGAAACCCCGAACUUCCUAUCCAAAUCCAAGCAAGCCCUAGCCAAAUCCUUCGCCUCUUUAACCCCACCCCGCGCGCUUCCCCAUCCCGACGCGUUCCCGGAGUUCCUGCACGCCACCCGUUCGCUGAAAUGCCUCAGCAAGCUCCACGCGCUGCUCGCCGUCGCGGGCGCGAUCGCCCGGGAUACCUCCGUCGUCACGGCCGUGGUCGACAGGUACCUCUCCUUCGGCAGGCCCGCGUCCGCGGCGUCGGUGUUCGCCGGAGCCUACCGCCGCCGCCCCACGGUGUACUCGCUGAAUCUCGCCGUCCGGUGCUUCUCCGACCACGGGUUCCACCGGGAGCUUCUCGACCUCUACCGCACGCUGUGCACCUUCGGCUCGGACAACUUCACGUUCCCGCCGGUUAUAAAGGCGUGCGCGGCCGUUUCCUGCCUUCCGCUUGGGAGGGAGAUGCACUGCAGAGUCCUGCGGACAGGGCACGAGGGCAAUGUCGGCGUGCAGACUGCUCUGCUUGACAUGUAUGCCAAGGCUGGCUGGAUUGGUGCGUCGAGGACAGUGUUUGAUUUCAUGGGGCAGAAAGACUUGAUUUCCUGGAACGCCAUGAUCUCAGGGUAUUCUCUGAAUGGGAGUCUCCGAGAAGCUGUUGAGGCUACGCAGGAGAUGCAGCAGGAUGGUAUGAGGGCGAAUGCUAGCACCCUUGUGUGCAUCGCCGGUGCAUGCGGUGCAGCAGGAGACUCGGAUGCUGGUGGUUCGCUGCAUGCAUUUGCACUGAAAUGCGGGGUGCUUGGUGAUGAAUCCCUUGCACCUGCAUUGAUCUCAUUGUAUGCUGCGCUCGAUGACCUUUCCUCAUCUCGAGUAUUGUUUGAUCUCCAACAUGUGAAGGAUCUGGUAUCUUACAAUUCCAUGAUCUCAGCAUACAUGCAGCAUGGCAAAUGGAAGGAAUCAUUUGAUGUUUUCAGGCAGAUGCAUUGUGCAGGACUAGGGCCAAAUUUGGUCACAGUGAUAUCUGUCCUUCCAACUUGCAGUGAUUUUUUUGGUGUAAACCUUGGUGAUUCUGUGCAUGGUAUGGUUAUCAAGUUUGGCCUUGCAGAGCAGAUUUCUGUUGUUAGUGCUCUUGUUUCCAUGUAUUCGAAGCUUGGGGAAUUGGAUUCAGCUAAGCACCUUUUCGAUAGUUGUACUGAAAAGAACAAUCUCUUGUGGAACUCCAUAAUUUCUGGGUACCUAGUGAACAACGAAUGGAACAUGGCUCUCGAUACAUUCUGCAAGAUGCAAAUAGAAAAUGUUGCACCUGAUGCAACAACUGUCAUUAAGGUGAUCUAUGGAUGUAGGCAUAUUAAAGAUUUACGGAUGGCAAAGUCUAUCCAUGCAUAUGCUGUUAGAAACAGAUUUGAAUUGAAUCAGAGUGUGAUGAAUGCACUCCUAGCUAUGUACGGUGACUGUGGAGAGCUCUCAAGUUCCUACAAGUUGUUUCAGAAAAUGGAAGUACGUAUGUUAAUAUCUUGGAACACAAUAAUAUCUGGUUAUGCUGAAAUUAGAGACUUGGAGGCUUCUGUAAAAUUGUUCUUCCAGAUGCGGCAAGAAGGCUUGCAGUUUGAUGUAGUAACCCUGAUUGGCCUUAUCAGCAGUAUUUCUGUGGCAGAGGACACCACAGUUGGAGAAUCACUUCACUCUUUGGCUGUUAAAAGUGGAUGCAAUAUGGACAUUUCUCUAACAAAUACACUUAUUACGAUGUACAGCAACUGUGGUUCUGUUGAGGCAUGUCAGCGACUCUUUGACAACUUGUCUUCUAGGAACACAGUCUCCUACAAUGUUCUGAUGACUGGAUACCGUAAAAAUAACCUAUCUGAGGAGAUCUUACCUUUGUUUCGCCAAAUGGUCAAGAAUGAACAGGAGCCGAAUCAUAUUACAGUACUGAAUUUAUUACCUGUUUGUCAGAACCAUCAGCAAGGAAAGUCUGUUCACUGCUAUGCAAUUCGAAACUUCUCCACGCUAGAAACAUCUUUCUUCACAUCAGCCAUUUGUAUGUAUAGUAGGUUCAACAAUGUAGACUACAGCUGCAAACUUUUUAAUUCAGUUGGUGAAAGAAACAUCAUAGUAUGGAAUGCCAUCUUAUCUGCCUGUGUUCAAUGCAAGCUGGCUGAUACUGCAUUUGAUUUCUUCAGGCAAAUGCACUUCCUUAACAUGAAACCUGAUGAAGUAACCAUGAUGUCACUCGUCUCAGCAUGUGCGCAGCUUGGAAACUCAGAUCUGGGAGAAUGUGUUACAGCUCUCAUACUGCAGAAGGGCUUUGGUGGAACCCUUUUGGUUGUGAAUGCUCUCAUUGACAUGCAUUCAAGGUGUGGAAGCUUAUCAUUUGCAAGGGAGCUAUUCGACAGCUCAGUGGUGAAAGAUUCUGUCACUUGGAGUGCAAUGAUCAACUCAUACAGUAUGCAUGGGGAUUGUGAGUCUGCCCUUGCGAUUUUCUCGAUGAUGAUAGACUCAGGUGUGAAGCCAGAUGACAUAACUUUUGUUAUUAUCUUGUCAGCUUGCAGCCAUAGUGGCUUUGUGGAGCAAGCAAGAGCAUUGUUUAAAUCCCUACAGAUCGACCAUGGUAUCACACCAAGGAUGGAGCAUUAUGCAUGCAUGGUGGAUCUAUUGGGUCGGAGUGGCCACUUGGAUGAAGCCUAUGAUGUUGUUAGGUCAAUGUCAUUCAGGCCAUCAGAAAGUUUGCUUGAGUCAUUGCUUGGAGCCUGUAGAUUCCAUGGAAAUUCUAAAAUUGGUGAGGCUGUAGGGAAUUUGCUCAUUGAUUCUCAGCAUGGCAAUCCACGAUCUUAUGUCAUGCUUUCUAACAUCUAUGCUUCAGUUGGUAAAUGGAAUGACUAUGAGUGGCUGCGUGUGGAUAUGGAAGCUAAAGGAUUGAGGAAAGAUGCUGGAGUCAGCUUAGUUGGGCCAACAUAGUGGGGAGUUUUUGUCAAACAUUAGGCAUUGCAAUUUUGGGGAAUGUGUUGAAACUACAUCAAGUCUAAGUUGAUACUCCCUCCGAUCCUAAAUGUCGCAGUUUUGAUCUAAGCCUAUUACAACUUUGCACUAAAUCAGCGACACUUAUUAUGGAUCGGAGGGAGUAUUUGUUUGCAGACAGUUGACAGUAUAUUUGUUUUUGACACAAAAAACAUUCAAAAUCAUUUUCUGUGGCUUAAUCUUUUGGACUGGCUAGUUAUUGCAUUGCAUCCCAGACAAUGCAACCAGGAUUGUUGCUUCUAAAUUGUCUUUAUAUUCUCGAAAGAAGAUUGCUUCCAUUUAAAUGGUCAAAGGAAUCUCGGUGAAAUAUACAUUCUAUCAAACUCAAGUACCGGUACACGAACACAAAAGGAUCUCCAGAUUGUGCAGACACCUGUAAUUCUGGAAUUUAUUUAUCUUGGAGGACGUCAAACUUGAUGAUGAUGGUGAUAUAAGGUCUAUUGUUUUCGUGGUGCAGAUUGCCAUGUUACUGUGAAGACUUCAGUUUAACAAACAGGGAACACAUCUUUCUUCCUGCAAAGUAUCUCACUUUUAUUAGGAAAGGAAGUCCUGCAAUUUCUCUCGCACUGAUCUAUUAAGGCGGCAAGGUACAUACACAGUAAUUUCUUACGAUAGAAAUCAAGACAUGGAAAUUGAUAUGGUCUGUUGCCACUUGAAAUAUAUGAGAUAAGUACAGAUAAUUCUUUCUAUAACUGUAUGUGCUUCUUGCUUGACUUACUCAAAAGAAGAAUGAAAAUAGAUCCAAUCAGUUCCUUCAGAAAUGCUGGCUUACAUAGAAGACGGCAAGAUAAUUUCAUUUUGCACAUAAUUUCUUUGACUUUACUCAUAGACGUGCAAUGAAUGACAUGAAGUAUGAUUCAACCAACGAAAUGCCAACCAAACUACAGCGGAAGGAACUUGAAGGCCGAAGCGCAGUGCUUUUCUGCCAUUCCCAACUAUCAUGAGGUUCAGUAUGAAUAUUUGCCAAUACAGUUGUUCCUACUUCAUGGUGGCACACAAUUUCCCUAACCAUCCAGCUUGUGCCAGUAGCGUUGAUAUAAAGAAGCAAACAUAUUGUACAAAAAACUACAGAUACAAAUCAAAGCAAAGAAUUAGAGAGGAAUAGGUCCAAGUCUUCCCUAUAUAUGAUUAUUAAAUUGGUUCUAUUCCACCCUUCACAGGUGGCUCUCCGCUGCCUCAACUCUUUCAAUCAUGUCUCCAGUCUUCUCUCCCCACUGCCUGCACAAACUGCCAUACCUCUUUCUCCUAGCCCAGUCUUCUCUCCCUUCAUUUUGAAGAUCCUUCAUCCUUCAAUAACAAAACAUACAGGCACGAGUGUGUUGACUCUUGAGUAAGUUUCAGUGCUUGCUUAUGCCAUUAGAGCUUUUGUUUACUUUCUGAUCAACCUGUGCGUGGUUUUCUGUUGUGCUCGUGUUUUCUUUUUUGAUUAAUAUUUUUGUUUCCUUUCAUGAGUUC